AGUAGAGCGUCGGAGGCAUGCGAUGACUGCAGGUUGAGAAGUGAGUGAAAGGCAGAGAGAUCAAGGAGAGGACGCCUCACACUUUGGACUUUGGAUUCUGCGCAGCCUGAAAGGCAGAGUCUGAGUGGACCGGCCCGGGGGUGCGAGGCUCCGCUGCCUGUAAAGACUGCCGCUCCCACUCUGCUCCGGGCUGCCCCUGUCUGUCUUAGUGUCCACCCCCCAGCACCACCACCACCACAGCUGAGACAUACAAAGACACCGGAGUGCAGAAAAGGCUACAGUCAUGAGGCUUCCCCCUGUAUCACGUCCACAGCGGCACUCUUGAGGGCUUUGUAGCACCUCGAGUUGAUCUCUGCAUCAAUCAACCACGGAUGGGACCUCAACCUGUUGCACUGCUUCUGGGCCCUCUUCCUUUGCUGCAAGGAACAGACUGUCAACAAUACGUGUCGGCUUUGCUGUGGUGCCAGACACAUAGUUCACAAUGAAAGUGAAUAGAUGAGCCUGCACCGAGGUGUCCCAUCCCUGCAGUUGCUGACACUGGACACUUACUGAUUCAUCCUACCAGGAAGAUGAUGCCUCUGUCUCCCAGAUAGCACUUCUCAAAACCAGGCCUUCACUGCACGCAUUGUGCACGAUGGCAGGAGAGACUCAGCGAACGCAUGCUGUCAAAGAAGUGGACGCUGAGUCCAAACUGCAGGAUGAGGGAACAGUGCUGGAACAGCAGAGUAGCAAAAACACAAAGGAGUCUUCAGAGCACUUUUCAAGUGCUAGCUCUGAGGCCAGAGCCAGCGGCACAGAGGCCCAGGCUGGGAAUAUAGAAAAAGAACGGGACUGUACUCAGCAGCGUGAAGCUAUAAUACGGCCACAGCAGGCAGGGAAGAUUGACUUCAGGUCACUGCAGAACAGAUCAAAAUUUGCCACCGACAGGAACUGGUCGAGUAGCAAAAGCAGCCCUCAGUCUCCAAGUGGAAAGGGCCGCAUCCGAGAGAAGGCCAAGCGGUCAGGAAAGUCAGAGCGUGGCAACCCACAACAACUGUACAGACUAAGCAUCACAAAUCCUCGCUCCAACCCCAACAUUGGUAUUGCCUACCCACAGCAGAAGUUUUCACCACCCAAGAAGCUGGACUCCAGCCGUGGCCCAGUCUCGGGCAGCUACAGAUUCCACAAUCCCAGUAUACCAGAGAGAGAGGCUGAGCAAGAAGAGCUCAACUACAGCCAUUGUUUCCAGGAGGCCACCUCUAAUCGUACCUCUACAAACUAUACCUCACAGGCACUGGGAUCCUCAAGUGGGACAUCAACCCACCCACAUCCACCCCUGUCUCAGCAGCAACCUGCCUCAAUGGAGAACAGCAGUGCACAGCCAGGCAGUCAGCUGAUCCUGUCAGACUUUCAGCUGAGUGGGUCUAAUGCUUGGCAGUCUCCUGAAAGGACUUUUAAUGGUGCUAACUAUGGACUAUCAACACAAAAGCCUAUUGCGCUUACAGAAACCAGUAAGGGAAAUGCCUUUGUGCCUGGUCCAUUUCAGUAUGGUUAUCACUUUUUGGAGGAAUCAGCAACUGAUUCUUUUCCUUCUGAACAGAACUCUAAAUCUCAAGACUUGUCAGAUUCUUCUGUAGGGUCUGUUCAUGUGACUCACAACUCCUUUUCCUUUAUAUCUGCAGAAGGCCAAAGCAUUGCUCAAAACAGCACUCGGUUCAGUAAUGAACAACAACAGCCCGAGAACAGAAGCUCUUAUUCACACCCACAACAGUCACACUUUAUCCAAACCGGAGCAUCCUCCGUCCAGUGUCCUCGGAAUCUGAAUGAGGACUCAGUCAGUAGUGACAGUUCUAGCUCCAUCUCACAUCAUUCAGAGCAGUCAGGGAAGACUACCCUACCAGACGGCACACAGACUAUUGGACAGACAGACAGUAGUGAUGCAGUCAUCACAUCAGGGAGUAAGAGGAACUGUCAAUCCAAAGACACAGCUAACAACCAAAGAACACUUAGUCAAGCAAAUGUGCACCAUCCAAGAACUAAUUCACAAGGCCCAUGCCCCCAAUUGCACUUUUCAAACAAAAGGUUUACUAACUCUCCAGUCAGUAGUAUUCAUACAGGCUCAGUACCUUUUGAUAAAAACAUUAAUAAUAAGGUCUUAAAUAGGAUGUCACACUCCUGGGAGGGGCCCAAAAAGACAUAUUCACUGUCUGAUCAAAACAUGCUGCAGUAUACUGACAUGAAUAAUGAUAAGUUUCAGUUUCACAAUCAACCAGCAAUUGAACAAAGGCCAAAUUCCUCUAAAAACAGCAGAAUGCCCUGGCAGCAGAUACAUCCAACUUCUGCAAUACCCAACCAAAAUCGAAUAGAGUUAUCGAGGCAAAUCAACAACAAAAAAUUGGCUUAUUUGGUUGUUCCUUCUGACUUGCAGGAUGACAGUAAGUCACAUAAACACAGCUCCUUGAAAAGCCCAGAUUCCUUUCAAAACAGCAGAACAAGUGAAGCGUUUACUCAUCAAAGACACGAGGCUGUAAAACACGGCAGUAACACAGUUUCAUCUUUUAAGGUUGAGAUGAGCCAUGCACAAAUAUGUGAGUCAAAAAAUAAAUCUCCUUACUUUGGACUCAACCAGUCUCUUCCCGGAGCACCAUCAAGAAACUACAGCUAUCCACCUUUGCAAGUUCCACCCAUGGGGCUUAUGAUGGUGUCUCCUUAUGAAUCCCCCUUGCCCUCUCCAGUACAUAACCUCACAUCAAGCAGUACUUGCAGUUCCAUUUCUCCAGCGUCCACCAGCCCAGUAAACCUGAGUUCAGAGGACAGUCAAAUGUCAAAGUCAGCACCCCCACACACAUUUUAUUACCAACCCCAACCCAAAGCUCAACUACCUUCAAAUCACAUAGGUACUCACCCUCACCAGUUCCAUUCUGAUGCUCCUCGAAAUCUUCCUUAUGCACCAGACAGAGCCAAAGAUGAUACAAUGAGCUACCUACAAAUCAAUGCACACCCAAAGACAACUAUAGAUAUAAACAAGGGUUAUAUAGACAGUUUUGGAGUGGAUCAUCACCAACCUCCACCACCAUACUCUGCACAUCAGCUGUUAGCCACCUCAUUAGCUACAGCAAAUCUCGAUCAGUUAGAUGUGCUCCUGACAUGCAAGCAGUGUGAUCAGAAUUUCAACAACGUGGCUUCAUUCCUCGGCCAUAAGCAAUACUGUGCUCAGCACUCUCUAGCACAGAAUGACCUCAAAGUUGGACCAAAGCCUGAAGACGCCAGAAAGUUCCAUGCAGAGCCAUCGAAAGUGGUGUCACCUGUUUCAAACCUUUCCAUGUCAAGAUGCCCAUCUGACCUUCAUCUAUCUCUACUGGGCCUCAAUAAAAAUGGAGAGCUUCUACCAGACAGUGAAACAAAAGGAGAUAAUAAGGAUGAUCCAAUGAAACUCAACUUGUUCUCUGGCUCUGGCACACUACCUGUCCCGCUCCCUGAGCUAGAAAUGGAAGAUGCCAAAUUGGACAGCCUGAUCACUGAAGCCUUGAAUGGACUGGGAUAUCAGUCAGACAACGCAGAGAUAGAUAGUAGCUUUAUAGAUGCGUUUGCUGAUGAUGACGUCACCACCGUCAAAGCAACAGCAAACAAACAAACUCUGAAAAGCAAAGAACUGAUGAUGUUUGAGAGCAAACACAAACAAGCGUCAGAAGAUGGCAGGUCUUUCACACAUGGAAGGUAUUUUUAUGACUCUGAUGGUGAGAGUGCUGCGGCAAAUAAGCAGCAUGCUGAACGCAAGCUUGAGAAAAUACCUCUGAAAUUGGAACAAGAUGAGAAAAUGAACAUAAAAAAAGACAUUUCCCAUAAAAAUUCAAGAAUUGCUCCAAGGGAGAAGAUGAGGGAACAAGACAACAAAGCAAAGGAAGGAAGAAAACAGUGUAAGAAUGGGGACAAAAGCACAAGCACACCAAAAUUUCUCCUAUCCAGCAAGUUUUCUGAGCGUUGUGGUGUCAAAAGCUUUCAGGAUAGCUCUGCACUUAGAGGGUCAACUCCCUCCCAGCCCUCCACAUCACCAACAUCAACAACCGCAGUGAAAGAUAGCAAGAGGAAAAGCACAGGAGGGGGCACCUGGAGCAAAGAACUUAUUCACAAAAUUGUUCAACAGAAAAAUAAGCUCCAUAAGCUCCAUGUCAAAGGUACGAAAAACCUCCAGUUUUCUUUGGUAAUGGAGAGACUAACUCCCACUGUACAAAAUCCUGCAUUUGGAGAAUACGACUAUGUCUCAGACUCAGAUGAUGAGUGUGAACCUGUCAAGAUCUCAAGCCAGGGUCGCCUGAAUCAAAGCAGUCGGUGUAAAUACACGUACACAAAAGAGUGCAAGUGGAGAGCGAGAAGUGAAAGGGACCAGGCCGCAUGGAGACAUGAGUCAAAGGAGUGCUUCGAAGUGAAAAAAAGUGAAGAGGUAUCACUCUCCCCUGACAAGAGCGGGUCUCACCAGAGACUCAGAAGAAGGGGAAGCAGGUCAUCCACAAGCAGUGAACUCAGCACAUCUAUCAGCGUUUCUGGUGAUAGCAUCAACAGCCCCAAAGGCACUGAUCGCACAGACUCAGACUAUGAGAAGAAGACAGCUUCUCCAGAGGAGAAAACAUACGAAAAAUCCCCCCCACAGAAAUUAUGUAAAGAGUCCAGCACACUUGCACUAACAUUCACUAAAACUGUCAAGAAGUAUAACACUGAUAAACCCAGCCUUUCUGAUAACAAAGACAGCAUGGAGAAUCCAGUGCACUAUCAUUCCAACACAGACGUUCCUGAACCUGUACCGUCCUCACAUAAAACAAAGGAUGCAGUCAAAACCCCUGAAAAAUGUAGAAGCUCACAUACUAAAUCAAGAGAGAAACUGCUAUCGUACAGCAAAGAAACUGACAGAAACACCCUGCAGAGCGCAAACCUGAGCCCAAACAAUGAACAAACACAGUGUAACAACACAGAUAACAACCCGUUACACUCUGAUUCCCAACCUCAUAUCAUCCGCAAAGAAACCAACAGAAACGUAAAGGACAAACGGACUGAUAGUGGAGGUCCUCAAGCACCACAGCCUGAGCUGUCAGACAGAUCCACCUUUGAAAAACAGAGUGACACUUUGUGCAUGACAAAUGAGGCAGUUACUCUAGUGAAUGACCUAGACACAAAAUCUGCAUCUCUUUCCACGUCUUUGAUCGAUGAGGUGUGUCUGUCUCCCACUGAAACAAAAGGCCAUUUAAUACCAAAAGAUAUGCCCCAACUUAUGCCCUACCCCCUGGAACAGGAACAGAGUCUCAUGAAAUCUCCACUUUCAUUCGACACCUCAUCAAUGUUUGGGGACCUGACUGGAUUUGACACUGGCCUUUACCCCGAUAUGCCAAUACACAAAGAGAGUUUCAGUUCAAUAGACAAUGCAGCCGAUAAAAAGGAAGACUUUGUGAAUUCCUUCUCGCCAUUCCUUGAACAAAGAGACUGGGGGCUUAUAGUGGAUGUUAGCCCAGUGCUUCCAGACGAGAUAUCGCAGUACAAAAACAACUCAGAGAAACCAAAUGAAAAGAAACCUGAUUAUAAUCACAUUUCAUUGUCUCUACCAGAAAAAAUAAUUGACUACAGUGCAAAUCUCAACAGCUGUGCAUCAGAGGAUGAGCUGGAGAUAAAGAGAAUAGUGAACGAGCUCGAAAACCAGCUUCAGACGACUAAGUUAGAAAGCCCACCACUGCUAGUUCACAAUGACCCCAAGCAGCUGCAGAUGAGCAAAUUCUCACCUUUACGUCUGGGUGAUGAAUCAGAGAAUGAAAGCACUGAUCUGAAUAUCAGGUGUCCCAUUCAAUCCAUUGAUGCCCCAGUAACCACCAUGCCUCCUGAAUCUUUCACUGAACCAGAACUGCCGUGGUCCAGUCCACUCCAGUUUGAUUUGAUCAGUGGACAUCACAGCCCCCACAUUCCAGCUCACAAUGAACCAGUGGCCGUAGAACACUUCACUGGAAAAGAGGGCCAUGGACCAGAUCUGAUAACUGAUAACAUGGAAGAGUCAGAGGUCCAUCAGGGCCAUGAAGUAAAGGAGAGAAACGCUGAAAGAGAAACUUCCAUAGAGACAAAAGAAGACAUUUUAGAGCAGAAAAGGUACACUGAAAACCUCAUGAAAAGCCUUGAAGUUAUUUCAGAUUCCAUAUUCAAAAAAGAGCCCAUUAUAUCAGAGCAUAAGGAGCAGAAUGUCACCUCUCUCAAGAGUGAACAACAUCAAGAAAUUGAAUGUCAGGCAACUGAUGCAUUUGAGAGAGGAGCUCAUUGUGAAAAGGAAGCAAUUACCGGGAAGGAGAAUAUAUUAUCACCUCCAAAUAUCAAUGAGCGGAAGGAUGAUAUUGAAUUCAUUCUGAGUGAGUCACAGUCGUCGCUUUCUAACGGCGCUGACCCCACAGUCAAUGGAAACCAGCCAAUUUUGUUGCAGCCAAGUGAGCACACAGAAGAUGACGGCAAAGUAGAGACCGCAGACAUAACAAAGGAGGAUAUGACUGAGAAUAGUUCAAAUACAGUGAUGUGUGACCCGCAGAUGGUUGAGAAGUCCUGUGGCAGCAGUAAUGCAGAAGGCAAAGUGAAUCUGUUGUUCAAAAGCAUCAGUGAUGGUGCAGAACAAGCUAACAUAGAUAGCUAUGGGCAAGUGAAAGGAAGCACUGGUCAUCCUUCAUCACCAGUUCCACUUGAAGCCAAUGCAGACAUUAUAGAGAAAAUGGAGGUUGCAAUGAAAACAGCACUAGAAGAACAUUUAGCCGAUAAGCGUGACUGUGAGAACUUUAGUUCUUCAAGUGCAUGUGACUUGACAGUGGAGCGUGCAGAUAACGUCAUGGGUGAAAUAAGUGUUGGAACAACUAAACAAGAUAAUUUAAAUGAACUUACGUCUGCAGAAAGCUGUAACCCUGCUAGUCCUGCAACUAAUCAACCAUCAGACAUAGUUACCGCAGAUAAGCCUUGCAGUCCAGUUCCAACAGAGGAAACCACAAUAGAAGCUACAAGUCACUGCUCACUCUUCCAAGAGAGUCAGACCACAGCAGGGCAAAGCAACCUGAUGAGCAUUUCUGGUGACAUCAUUGACAGUGACUCCUGCAAAGUAAAUAAAUUCCAUGAAAAUCUGAAAGCCGAAACAGAACUUGCAUCUGUUCAUAUUCAGCAACAAGAUGAGAUUUUGAGCAUUCAGUACAUCAAAGAACAUCUCCCUGUUCAUUUCAUGGCAAGUCAGCAGAACUCCCCGUGCAGAGAGGAGGUGGGUGAGAGUCUUUUUUUACACAUGGCUAUACCAACAAGCCCCGUUUUUACAAAUUCUCAUCAAACACCCAUGCAGAAAAUGGAUAUAGAAGAGGAUACAUGUAAUAAUAUCUCAGCAGAGCAAGGAUCAAAUCAAAAUCCAAAAUCUCCCAGAAACAAAGAUGAUAACCAAAAUGUCCAAGAAGCUUUAGAUGUCAAUGAACAGUUGAACACAACGACUGAGAUGGAAUAUUCUUUGGUAAGUCCACCUCACCUAGAGCUGGGAAUUAUAGAGUGUAAGUUUCCCAGCUCAGAGUCCAAUAUUCCUUCUCCACUCACAGCAGAACCUUCAGAAGUAUCAGAAAAAAGUGAGCCACUGUAUGAUUUCAAGAUCAUCCCUCUCAACUAUGGUGCCAUCACAGACAUGCCUCCACAGCUGAACCAGUAUGAGUGCCUACCAGUUUCCCCUGCUAGUAAACCUGAAGAGAAACCAGAUAUCAAGAGCAGUCCCAGUCAGGAAUCUGAAGCAUCUGACCCCUGUGUCAAACCUGCACUUAUUUUCAACAAAACUCAAACUGCGUUAAACACAUCAGUAUCAAUGCACAGUGCUAAAACAAGUCCAUCACAUGACUCCUUAGCUAUGCAAGCAAGUAUAAAUAUGACGUGCUUUGCAUUGGGUCUUUCACCUGAAAUUAAAACCACAGAUUCCUCCACUGGCAGCGUUAAGAAGGAUUUGGAGGACUGCUGUAAUCUAAGUGGAUGUUUUGAUCAGUUGCAUGUUCCCACCAAUACGCCAAAAAAGGUUGAAUCAGAGAAACUAGAUACUCUUGGCACAUCACCUUGUGAGGACAGCACACUUCCCGUAAAAAGUAUUUCAGAUGAACCACCCACCCCAAAAUCACUCCUCAUCUGUGAAAAGGAACAACUAGUCCAUCCAGACCUCUCUGGGAGGCAAUCAGCAAUCAAGACUGGCCAGUGUUCAACAACCCACCAAGAUGCGUCGGCAAAAAAGACAAGUGCAAAGACCAACAUUCAACAAGCAAAGGUGACCUGUGAACACUGCUUCAUGUGUUUCAGGACUGUGCCAGGGUUAAAGAGGCAUAAGGCCAUGAAACAUUUGGUUCGCACAGAGAAACAUGUCAGCCUGCCAAACAAAACAUCAGGACAACAAGAGAUGAUGCUCAUUUACGAACCAUCACAAACUACAGAGAAAGAACAUAAAGACGAUUUACAAGCAUGCUACCAAACAACAAUAGACGGGCUGUCUGAGCCUCCCUAUUCUGAGACAAACAACAUUCUCAAAUCUAAAGUAGCAGAGUUUGCCCUGAAGGAAACGACAACCGAGACAAGUACAGCAGCAAUAGGGCAUCAAAACCUUCAACUGGUAACAAAAGCAAAGCGGAACAGCAAGACAAAAAAGAACAAAACUACAGAAUCGAAUAUAAAGAAUGACCCUUUCUCUGAUGAGCUUCUAAAUAUACUGAAAACUGACAUUCUUCAAGCAAUAACUCCAGAAUUCAAAGGUGACGGACCACAUAAGCCAUGCAAAUCUCCUGAGGCCCUUAAGAAAGUCACUGUGGAUAUUGACAAAGGUAUUAUAGGAACAGAGGAAUUCCCCCAGCUUACUUCAGAUUCAGCCACAUCUCCAACAAAAGAGACAAAUGCACUUAACCAGACUGUGGAAUCAAAUCAAGCCAGCAAUGUUGAAGAGAAAAAAAGUACAAGUAUUACAGAAAUGGCAAGUGGUGAAACACGAACAAACAGCAAUACGGAAUUCAGUGUAUGUUCAGACAACAGUGUUACAUCAAAAUGCAAUGAGUCCCCAAAGAGUAUACAUGCAGAAAAAGAGAUGGCUGAACCAAAUGGAGCAAAAGAUAGUCUUACCCAAGAGAUUCUUAGAAAAGUGGCAGUUGAGAUCAAAUGCAAGAAAACUAGCAGCCCUUCAGAGAAGGUGCUUCCUGUGUCCUGUUUGAAUUCUUCUCCUCUCAGCCCUCCCGGCAUAAGUCCCGAUUUGAAGGCCUUGCUUGAUGACGACACCACAUUCUCACAGCUGUUCCCCAGAGAUGAUGAGACAAAAAGGAAAAAGUGCCCAAGAGUUUACGGUAAAAGAAACAAAAGACAGAUGCUAUCACCCAAUUCACAUGUGACACAGGACUACCAUCCUCCCGACAGCUAUGUGCAAAAUAAAGAGUGCACAGAAAAGCAAGCAGACAAGCCAUUCACUGACAAUAAGAGCAACGAGUGCGAGUAUGAGACAAUAUCUAUGGAUGAUGCCAUCAUGUUGAAUAUGUGUCACAAUGGUACUAUGAAAGGUGAUACCCAGCCUCUGUCAGAUGUCAAGCAAAAGGCUAAUAAUCACGAUGGCAUUCCUGAGAACAAUAAAGAACUCGACAGCAACCUCUUGAAUCCACUCGUGAGCACUAUUGAUAAAUCUUCAAUAGAAUGGAGUGGCUCCAGUGAUUUUAGUGGUUUCAGUGCAGGCACCAACAGCUCUUCAGACCAAAGUAAAGCAGAAGGGUCCACUGCACCUGUGUCACUGCCAUCUGCACCCUAUUGUGCAGAGCCACCUGCUCCAGAUAGCGUCCAAAAUUUCCACAGUAUUGACAUUCAGAACAUCAACACGACAUUUCAACUCCCAGAAAUUCAGUUCUUUGACUCAAAUAAAGAAAUCUCAGUGGCUCCUUCCAUUGUAGCUGUUGAAGAGGAGAAUAGAGAUGACGAAAAGGCCAAAAAAACAGCCGAGCGACGCGGCAGGAAGCGACAAGAUGGCACCAUAAAGGUCAAAGAUAAGCAGUACAAGUGCAAAGUGUGUUUCACAUGGUUCCUCACCCUUGGAGAGCUAAAUUUCCACAAGCUGUCACACAACCCUUCCCCACCCCCAACCUGCUACAUGUGUGUCCAACGCAAGUUCAGCUCCAGGGAGCAACUCAGAGACCAUCUGAGAGAGAAGCAUGCAAAAAACAAGACAGGCAUAUGGACAUGUGGAAUGUGUCUAAAGGAGAUAUCAGACGUGUGGAUGUACAAUGAACAUUUGCGAGAGCAUGCCACUCAGUUUGCCCGCAGGGGUCAGACACAAGGCUCCAUGCUUGGCAUUACUGGCUGCUUUAUGCAGGAAACAGCUGUGAAGAACUUUAUCACUUCCAUCAUGCAGCACCGACCAAGCAAAGCUAACAAGGUGUCUAGCAAAGCCAUUAAAGAACAGGAAAAAGCUCCCACUGGAGACGUGGGAGAGGGGAAAAGCUCAGACAGGACAGAGCCAAAGGUCCACAGGAGCAAAAGCAGCAACAGUGCCGGUGGAAAGCCAAGCACUUUGACACCACUGGAGGUCCUCCACAAAACAGACACAGCUAAAAGUGUGGAGAUGCAUCCCAACUGCAAAGACCCAUCACGAGACUGCCACCACUGUGGGAAACAGUUCCCCAAACCAUUCAAGCUUCAGAGACACCUAGUGGUUCACAAUUUAGAAAAGAUCUUCCUAUGUCACAAAUGCCCCGUCUCUUACCAGGAGGCCCAGGAGCUUAAAGACCAUUUAAAGAGCACCCACAAGGAGGUGGAGGAGCUGGAUUCAAAGCACACCACCCUAUACACCUGUGAGCUGUGCGCCGAUGUCAUGCAUGUGAUCAAAAAAUCCUUCAUCUGCAGCACCUGUAACUAUACGUUCUCCAAGAAGGAACAAUUUGAUCGUCACAUGGAGAAACAUCUGUCAUGGGGGAACAAAAUCUUCAAGUUCAGAGGCGUUGUACGACCUGUCAAAGCAUCUGCAUCCAAAGAAGACGAAGGCGAUUCACCUGCAAGUAAGAAGAGGAGAAUUUUCACUGAUAGUCUGCAGGAAAACAGCUCAGACAGCGGCAUCGCCAGUGUGAGCUCCCUGCACUUCAGCCAGAACUCUGAAACACAGUCUUCAAAAGCCUCUGUGUUCACAGCAGAUGACUCCACACAGACAACUACAAAUGAAUUUGAGAGUGAUGCAAACAGCACAAAUGUGAAGACUGAAGAUGUUGCUGAGGAUUACUCAGAGCUACUUUUGGAGCUGGAGCAAUGCAUUCACGUGAACUCUUCACCGAAGAAGGAGGAAAUGGACCGACCUCCCUCACCUAUUCUGAGUAAAGAAGAUAAUGGGAAAUCAAUUACAGAGCCGUGUGAUGUGAAAGAGGAAAUUGAGUCAGUCUGCAUCCGAGCAGAGACAAGCUCAUGGUCAGGUGCUAAAGAAAGUGAUAAUGUGGAGGAGGAAAAAUCUGCAGAAGGCUGUGCUGAAAGUAAAACUGUUCAAACUGAAGUAAAACGAGGUGAGAUCUCGUUUAGAGAAAAUCAAAUAACACUGAAGAUGCCCGACUCAGCAAAGCAUGAAUCAGCUGCUGAUGUGACAGAGAAGCAGAGGGAGGACGAGCAGUGGCUAACCAUGCCGAAAGUGUGCAGCACUGAUGGCAAAGCGCAAACUGUUUCUCAUGGUGCUGAGCAGGAAAGUAGCAGCCAGAUGAAAACUAAAGCUUCGCCAGCCAAAGCAGGCGAUAUCAUUAAAAACAGCACUUCAUCGAGCAGCCUGAGAGCUGCACAAUCAACACCCACUUACCACUCCAAGGUAACACUCUCCGCUUCGCUCACAAAUGAAGACAGAGAAUCUGUCAGACCACAAAAGAAGAGGAAAGAGCUGAAAUCAACACACGGCCUGCAAAGAGUUUCCUCUCCGGCCACUCAAGAGAACUUUGGCGUUGAUUCGAGGGCCAAAAAGAAAUUUCGCCCCAACAAAUGUGCGAACCCGUCCAUGCAAAGAAAGUCCGACGGACCGAAUGAAUACCCCGUGUUGUCCUCGGUGCGGGACGACGUCGUUAGCAACAAAAUCGUCUCCAAGUGCAAGGCCACAAACUUGGGUUUGCAAUCAAAAAGAAGUUUGCUUGAUAACUGUGUGCCAAAGAAGGCUGAGAUGUUGGCACAUCUUAAUGGGGAUUAUAAAAACAAAAGGGCACCUCUGAGCCGCCAACUGCAUCCCCCGGUUUCUAACGUGUCAGCAAUUCCCAUAAGCAAUUCCUUGAAUAAAUCUCGCCCAAAGAUGGGAGUGAGGUCAGUGGAAAGCCAUUCAUUCCGGACAGCAGAGUCCCAGAACCACCUCCUAAGCCAGCUGUUUGGCCAGAAACUCACUAGCUUUAAAAUUCCUUUACGGAAGGACACAUCUGAAUCUAUGAACUGAGAGGGGGUUUGGGGGGAUCUGUGAAUAAGAGACUGUAAAUUUGACAUUUAUAAAUAAUUAAGACAAUUCCUUAUGGCGAAUGAGAUUGCACAGCUAUUUUCUGUGAAAUGUUAUGUUAAAAUAUUUACGUAGUCACUUUAUGUCUUCUUUGUACAUGUGUUUUUAUUACACAAAUGUGAGGACUCAAGGCAGAUAUGAAUUCUGGCUCAAUGAUGAUGAUGCUAUUUGGGGGAGCAGGGGAGAUAUUGAAUUUCUUUGUUUUGUUGGAUAUUAUUCAUUUGUGAGGUUACAUUUCAUAUACAUAAAGAGAAAAAAAAUGAUACUUGAAAAUACAGUAAAAGAUUUUCUUCUGAGAAAUGCAUGUUAAUUUUGCAUUUAGGAUUUUGCAGUUUUAAGACUUUUUUUAAUUCUUUCUUUUACAAAAAAGGACCAAAUGACAAUAUAACUGAGCUGGACUGAAGUCUGUGCCUCUUUCAUACACACACCCCUCGUAUUCACUUUGCAUUAUUUUUACUUUACUGUACUACAGUGACAUUCAACAUAUUAACCUUUUGUGUAAACAAUACCUGGUGCUACAUUGUGCUGUAAUGUGAACACCAAAGUCCUCAGAAGGGAGUUGUGUAGCAGCGACAACAAUCCAACUGUAUUUUUUUUUAACUGGUUCUCUUAAGUAAUAACGAUAUACUGUGCAGACCAUCCAUAUUGUUCGUAUGCAGGUUGGCGGAAAACACGAAUUUAAACUCAGGUGCAUACAUGGACAUCCCAGUCCCAAAAUCUGUAUUUCAGUUCUCCCCAUGCACUGAUAAUCACACACACACAAAUCACCGACUCAGUCACCUGUUUGUAACUCCAAGUGUUUAAUUAUGAAUGGUUUUACAAAGACAAAAAAGGUGCUUUAUCUUGUUUAUACUGUAUGUAUCUUAAAUUGUAUAAUAUUGUAGGUAGAAUAUUGUUUGGUGUUAUGCUUAAUGUCAAAGUUUUAUUUUAAUAAUGUGCAAAAAUGUCAGUGAACAGAAAGGGAAAUGCAAUGCUUCUUGCAAGUUGUAAAGUUGUUCACUAAGUGCCUCUUUUAUAGUUGGUUAUUAAAGCUCUGUAUUGUCUCU